AUGACAGGACGCAUAGAUGGCAUUAUCAUACUCGACAACAACGGCAAGCCCAUCAUCAGCUCGAACUUUUCAUCCCACGCCCCCUCAUACCCUUCACUCCACAUAGACGCGUACAAUGCCGCCCGCAAGAGAACGGCCGAGCUGGAUCCGGUACUGUGGGUCAAUACGCUGGACAAUGGGAGGACAGGGAUGGCAGGGGCCGGACUCUGUCAUUCGCAGAGGGAUGGGCUGUGUUUCUUGAUCCCAGUAGGACUGGAAGUGAACCCACUAUUCGGCUUCUCCUUCCUCGACUCGUUUCUUGAAACGCUUCGCGACUACUUGGGCCAAGUCACAGAGUCUAUGAUCAAGGACAACUUUGAUAUCGUCUACAUGCUCAUCGAAGAAAUGCUGGACGAAGGACACCCUUUGACUAUGGAAACAAACAUGCUCAAAGACAUUGUCCUACCUCCCAGCAUUGUCAGGAAGAUCCUUAAUGCGGCCGGUAUCACUAUCACUAACAGCUCUAGAUUAUCAACAACAAAUUCGGCCCCCUUCACAGCGCCCAUACCCUGGCGAAAGCCUGGCGUGCGGCACAACAACAACGAAAUAUAUUUCGACAUUGAAGAAUCGCUGGAUGCUAUAGUAGACAGGAAGGGCAACGUUUUGUCAUCGAAUGUAUGGGGCCGCAUCAAUUGCAAUUCUAGGUUAUCAGGCAACCCUGACCUCUUGUUGAGCUUUGCCAACCCAAAAACCAUGGACCAAUGCUCCUUCCAUCCUUGUAUCCGACAUGGGCGGUGGAAGAAGGAUAGUGUGUUAUCGUUCAUCCCUCCGGACGGUAAAUUCCGGCUACUAGAAUACGAGGCCUCAGCAAGUACGGCCAAGAACCAGCUUCCCAUAUCCUUGAAAGCGGCCAUGGCUACAGAAAGCCACAGCGCAGGCCGCUUCUCUCUCACCCUUUCUUCCCGCGUCAACUCCUUACCGCUGGAAAAUAUCGUCAUCUCCAUCUUCCUCGGCAAGGGAGCCACCUCGGUCAAUGCCACUGCCACGGGAGACAGACGGCCGCUGCAUAGUCACGUCGGCAAAGAGGAGAAUGCUGAAGGGUUCGUGGGCGGCGGCACGUGGGAUUUCGACCCUCAUACGCAAGUGCUGCGGUGGAGAAUAAGCUCGUUGGUGACGACAGAAAGGUCGCCCACUUUGGCCGGGUCGUUUACCACUACUGAAGCCCAACCCAUCAUAUCUCCAUCGUUCGAGGUCAACUUUUCUGUCCAGAACUUUUGUUUCUCGAAUUUGAGAGUGGACAAGCUCAAAGUACAAGGGGACGUCAUGUACAAGCCGUUCAAGGGGGUGAAGAUGCUGGGACGGGCGGGCAAGGUGGAGGUGCGGUGGUGA